GUGGCAGUCUCCAUCGAUUCACCGUCUGGAAAAGAUGUGGCCUAGUAAUAUUCGCGCGACGUAGAGCUUGUUCGAUUGUGUAGUGUUCUUCUGCCUCACUUGGCAGGUCCAGUGUGUGCCAUCCUGGAAUUGAUUGUACUCUGCCAGAGCACUUUUUGUUCUAUUGCGUUGCUCAAUUAGGUGAUUUCAGUGGUCGAUCACGUUAGGAGUAUCACUGAAAAAGGAUAAUUAAAGCUUUUUAAAGCGAGAUAUGCUCUAUCAUUCUGUGCGGCGGGGAUCGAUUUUCACCCGUCUGAUACGUUUUUCCGAUAGGCUGAGGAACUGAGUGCAUGAAAAAUAGGUCUUGCUCAUCUAUUGGGAUGUAAAUUGUGAAAAGUUAUGCGACCUUUCUGGGGGUCUUCAUCGGUGGUAGGAAUAAAAUCCAAAUAAUGGUCCACGGGGAUCCUUAGUUCAAAGGUGAAUUUUCAGCUGUAUCGAUUUAUUGUGUUUUUUUUGUCUUGUGUUCUCGUAUAUUUGACAUCUGUGAGUUGGUUCUUGUGCGCGGCGAUCCAUACACACGGACAAACGUUCACAUCGGUGAAGUAAGCAUCCGAUGAGAGUAGCAAGGAGAAGCUCCCCAGCAUCACCCGCCCGUUUUAUGUUGUAUGCAACUGUCAAUUUGAUGCUCCACUCCCUUCGAUUAUAUUGGCGAGCCACCACGGUGAAAAGUGAGCGUCUGUGUCUGUGAAUGUGCUUCCGUAAGGCUUUCCGAGAUAGAGAGAAAGCUCCGUGCAGUGGAAUGCUUUUCGCAUGUUCGUUGUAGAGCGAAAAUCAUAACGAGAGAGAAAGAGAGAGAGAGAGAGAGAGAGAGAGAGAGAGAGAGAGAGAGAGAGCGCGCAAGAGCGUAUUGUAUAACAACAAACACGCCUGCCUGCUACAAAAGGAUUCGGAUAGUGGUUGGGUGGUGGAUAUGCGCUUUUGAUGCGUGGAGUUCACUUGGGGUUACACCCGCACCCAAGACCACCCAAAAUAGGAAGUUCGUCUGUAGUAGUGAAUCUCCAGCCAGCCGCCGCAGCAGCCCAGCGAUCACAGACCAUCGUCACUUCCAAGUGUUUCAUACCUGAACACGGGGGAAUGGGAGGAAAAUGCAACUGCAAAUUCACAGACAGGUCGAACAAAUGCAGAAUAAAUCUAACAUGUUCGUCGUGGUAGCUAGAGAAAAACAGAUGCCGUGACAUUUUGGCCGAGACUCGAACUGUGCACGUUGAGACUAGACCAUUCGUCUACCUGCAGCAUACUAUACAGAUAAAUCGUAAAUAUGUUAGAGUGGAAUAUGAUCCUUUCUGAACUGAGCUCAACCUGGCUAUAGACACAAUUGAAACAAUGAGAAAGAGACUUAAACAAUCAGCAACGAAUCGACGUUAGAGGAAUUAAACCCGAUACCAACCAAAAAGGGUUACUGUAUACCAGCAUUCAUAGAACUGCAUUUCGGAACGCAAAACGCACGCACCUCUUGCACAAUGGCAGCUGUAGUGUACGGUACUAGUCCCAGGCACGGCGGCAGUCGCCAUCAUCAUCCGGGUUCCGGGCAGGGUCACAUGGUGACGACACCCCAUUCGCCGUACCACCAGCAGCAGCCGCAGCAGCAUCAUUCACUGCCACCGCAUCACUCGUCAGCUUCCUCGAUGACGGCAGCGGCUGCAGCAGCAGCCGCACUGUCGCAGCAAAUUAUCACACCGCCAACAUCGUAUCUAUCGACUUCGACGACCACGAUUUCGUCGGUGUCCCACCAGCAAACGAUCUACUAUCAGCAGCAGCAGCAGGCCGCCAUUCACUAUCACAAUAUGCGCAAUUCUAAACGGAAGUCGGCCGUCGAAAUGCUCGCCGAGAGUAAACCGUUCUACGUCAAGUCGGAAACGGUGCUGGACCGGCAGCAGCAGUUGAGCAUGCGUAGCGGCGGAUCCGGACCGGUGUCGGGAUCGUAUAUGCUGUCGCCAUCACGCGCCCUUCCGCAGUCCAUUUGUGCGCUGCAGCAGACAUCGCACCACUCACAAAUCCAGCUGCAACAGCAACACCACCAUCAACAGCAACAGCAGCAGCGACCUGCCAGCCGACGGAGUGCGUCUUCCGGGUCCGAUCUUCUGCAGACCAAACUUCGAAAGCUACUCAACACCGCCGACAGCAAAGAGACAAUAAUCCCAUCGGACGUUGUGGGACUCAAUUCAAAAUACGGCCAGCAACCACUGGAAACAAGCUACAUUAGUGGAGCCGGUCUUGCUGGCAAUGAUUGCCUCGGCUACAUACAGCCACCAAAGAACUACCAGCAGCAGUUGACCGUACAUCCGGAACAACCGAGCGACAUGUCGGUUUUCUUCCCGAGCGCUUUUCUCUCCCCACAAUCCUUGCCGCCGCAUCCCUCUGGCGAUGAAGAUCUGUACCUUUACGGAGUACACGAUAGUCUUGUACUGACGGAUGACUACCGUGCAAUCAGUCCACCAGCAGAAUACGCCGAAAAUAAUGUUUCACCGGAGAAACACAAUAAUAGCCACAGCCGCUACAACUAUCAGCGUUCGUACUCGCAUUCCCAGGCCGUUGCCCACCAGGAUGAAUCGGACUACUCACCAACACAGUCAUACAACAUCAACAGUCACAAAUCACUUCCGGAUCUGCAUUCACAAAUCAGUCGCCAUUCGCCGCAUUCGGAAGCAUUGAGCUGCUGUAGUCGUGGAAACCGGUCGAACCGUUCGGGCAGUUCCUUCAAUCGUGACUCCGGAGGUUCUUCCGGUCACUAUACUCACCAUAGUGAACCGUGCUGUAAACAACAGCAGCAACAACAGCUCCAACAGAAGGAUGCCCUUCUGAUGGGUGGAGCCGAUUACAGGCGGGAUAGUGGAUCAUCUACGCAGCAUAGUGGAAACUCGUACUACGCGUAUGGAAUCCCACCCCUACGUUACGACUGUAUUGAGUGCCGUGCAAAGAUUCGUGAGGAGGCAGACUGUCUGUUGAAUUUCACAACGCCCGAAGUACCGGAGGCCUUCCAAGAUGACUACAGCGAAAAACAGAAACAGAAAUACUACGACGAGGUACGGGAUAGGAGCGCAGCAGCAGCGCGUAAAUACUACAAAAAUCAUGGACCAAUGUCACCAUUAUCUCCUGUGUCACCAUUGUCACCACAAGACCAACAGUUAGAUCUUAGCCCGCCGUUGGGGACGUUCAAGCGACAGAAAUGCCUACGGUUCAAGAAUCGCGGUCGGCAAUCUGCCAUUAGUAAUCCCAACUCACGCUGUGGAGAUGGUCGUGGCAGCUCCGGAGGUGAAGACGAUCGCCGGCCGAUCCUACGUUCAAAGAGUGACAUCAGUGAUCGCUACUGGAAUCGCUUGUCGGAGCGAAACGAUCGAGAAAGGGAACGGGAAAGAGAAAGGGAACAACAGAAGAUUCUAGAAAAGCAACGAUCUAGGUCAGAUAGCCUAACACAGCUGGAACAUUUCUUCGACCGGCUCGGACUCAAUGACGAAACCUACGAACGGUAUAUUGCACCUUCGAAGGUGGUAGCUAAGGCUCCCAAUUACAGAAGCAACUCCGGCAGUGACAUCCAUCGGCUAUCGGCGGAUGAUACCGGCGAUUCAGAUGAAUCCAGUGCCGUAUUCUUCUCGGAUGUAAGCACAAUCGAUUCGACCCGACUGCCGGAUAGUACUGAGAUUAUCAGCAACGAGCCGCCACAGAGUGCCCCGGGACCAUUGACUAGUCUGAACAAUCCUGCAAUGUAUCGGCCAAGUGAACCACCGUCUAUCAUCGAACGCAAUGCCCGGAUCAUCAAGUGGUUGUGCAACUGCAAAAAGAUGCAACUGACCUAAGGCUGGCUGAUCGGGGCAACCCCGAUCGAGGUUGCUUUGUUUUCGUCAAAACUAGCUCGCUCCAGAACGUUUGAUCGGAAAUAAUCAACAGUAGCUUACUUACCGACUACAGCUGCGGCACGUGUGUACAAGUAUGUAGAGGAUGGGGUCAAUUCGUUGCAUGGCUCAUCGCAAUGCACGGAAAUGCAUGUUUUCUCCAUGUUUUAGUUACUUACUCAAGCAGUUAAAGGUAUCCAGGAUGAUUUUCCGACACUACGAUGCAAUGCAUCAGUUCACACCAUUACAGUCAAAGUAAAAUAACCCUGAGCCAGGCACAUUCUUGGUAUGAUUUUAUAAAACUAACUGUCAUGUUGGAGCCAAACAUUACCAGACAACCAAUGUUCCGACCGCCAAAGGAUCUUUUGUAUCUAGAUCAAAAUAAUGCGACGAACGAGUUCAAGUGCGAAGAUUCCGACUGACUAGAAGUAAACUCCGAGACCAGGGGCCAUUGUCCAACUGAAAAGCAUUUGAAUGCAAAAACCCCAUGUCAAAUUUAUUUUCACAAUCAAUUUGACAACAAUUAGAGAUGAGCACACAUGCUUUUACACGACUAACAUCUCCUUUGGAUAGCUUCCGAUAUCUGUCAGUCGGCUCAACAUGGGACGGGACCUACGGAUGUUUUUUUUGUUUUUUUUUUCUGUCCAUUUUAUCUUUCGUCUCGCAUAGCCACUCUUUCUGUCUCACAUAUUUUAAAUGGACUGGCUUCAUCUGAGAGCUCCUACACAGUUAAGUUUGUUCUACCAAAUCCCAGCUUUUUUCGCAACUUUUACCGAGUUUUACGUACUCAGCUCACAAAGCUUUUACCGAGAUCUCAGAAGAAGUAACGUUUGUUUUGCUGAAACUCGGAAAAUUCAUCGUUGAAAAUCGGUAAGACACAACCACUUUGCUGAAUUAUAAGUUGAAAAUUUUUACUGACUGUUCAGCUGUGCGGGAAUUACCGAACUGAAUUUAGUGUGUAACAGGUGGAUUUGCUUAACACUAUCUCACGUUUAAAAGCGGCCCUGGCCGUCCAAAAUGUCAUCUUACACUCUUCCACAACUGCCCCUAAUAUUGCUACCUAAUCGCGUCUUCUUUCGUUCCACCAAUGCACCAGACGCCGACCGUUCCUCGGCUCCAAUAACCUCGCCAUUGUUACGUCAAAUUCUCUCGCUACUGUAGCCAACAGUUUAUACACCGACGAACCGACAUCACAGAAGCAUUCGAAAAGUGUCCCAUACAAAAUAACGAUCGUUUUGAAAUGAAGCGAUCACUACUGUCAAACUGCGACAGAUCGCUCCGCCAUGUUUGAAUCUGGGCAGUUUUCACGAUAAGUAUUGCGAAUCUUUUCUAAAAUCCACAUCGUGACAUUUCAGCCAUGCGCCACCAAGCCGUGCGCCGAAUUACGCGCAGGUUCACUUUGUAUUAGUGCAAGCGAAAAAACGGUUUGACGUUUAUUUUUGUUUCGUUCGCACUCAUGUUUGUCACAUAUAGCAACAACUCGACGAAACGCUAGUUUAUCUCAGGAUAGACAAUAUGUUUAUAUUACAGAAGGUGUGCAAUUCCCUCAACUGCGUAUGUAGUGGUAAUAUGCAUCAGAAUAAUAUUCAGAACUCAUGAAAAAUGCAUGUAUUCUGUUACUUUUUUGCUUGUAACGGACAGUUUUGUUAAAUAGUACAUACAUAGGAUAACAAAAAAACUGCAAAAACGACCUUCAACAUGUUAAGAAAGUUUUUUCGUUCUAGCAUACCUGGUCGAUACACCUUGGUUUUUGCGUACUGUUGUGUUAUCGACGAGGACUACCACGCGAACCAUUAUACAGAUGCCGCUUGUGUAACAACGUAUUUUAAUUUAAACAAUUAGGACAAUAUCUGACGCAUUUUUGUUCCAUGUGGCACGUCGGUUAGUCGGUGGUUUAUCAGCGUUCGGAAUUGGAGCGGUCCUCUCUGCACGAAGAGAUUCAGCCCUUGUCGAAGUAUCCCGCCUUACAAGACAGUUCCACCGACCAAUGGUACAGUGGAUCGCCUGGUGCUGUUACGUCGUCAGUCGCUACGUCGAUGAUGGUUCACCGAUCGUCGUUACGGAAUUUGCUAGCGCAACCAUCGGUGCACAACCUAACAUACAGCUUCGCCACGGCUUCCAACUAGCUGUAACCUCUUUCGAUUAUUAACCUGCUACCCCACUUCAUGGCCUAAGUGUUCAAGUCUCCUCCUAUAACAAUCGGCGUUCGUCCGACUAACGAGCCAGUUGCAGCGUCCACCUUGGGGGGGGGGCAUAACAACUACAUACGCAUACACCGCUGUGCUUUGAUAUCACCUCUUUCUUUUGCUCACGAGUUUUCUACAAUUAACUCGGAGCCUCGCUUAAUUCCUCCAUUUAGCACCCGACUUUCCUCUUGCUUUUUGUCAUUCUCUCCGUCAAUUACGUCGUUUCAAUCCUCUGCGUACUUAAGCUUUUUAGCCACUUCACUCGUAGAUAAAUGACCGCAAGCCAGUUGGCUCCUGAUUUCUAAGCUAUUUGGCGUCGAUCUCCGUGAGCUAUUUAGAUCCCUGUUUGUCGCAAUCUACUCGAACAGUCCCCGGAAGUAAACUCACCUUACUCCGACUGAGAGUUCCACGACGUCGGAAUUUCUCCCGAUACGGAUACCCGUGACCUGCAGUGAAGACUUUCGAAUUAUUCUCGUCACUCGUGUGUCGACCACAUUCGUGUUCGCUUCUGAAUAUUAUCUACCGCCGCUUGUGAAUGUCAGCCGGGUUACAAUGUUCCAGCCUUCUUGAAGUUAUCAACACAUAACCCUAAAGGUAACAUCGUUAACGACUUUUCGCUUUCAUUGAGUUAGCACGCAAUUUACCCAUGUAGAAGGCCCUUUUUCAGUGUCAAGACUUUCCUAAUCGUCAGUCCGGUGGUACCGUGCCUAAUCUUCCCAGGCUCAAGGAGUAGUUCUUUCUGUGCACUUGCAUCGAGCAAAUCAUCCCUGAUUUCUUCUGCUUCCUCCAAUGCGGAUUAAUUUCUUUUCUGUUAGAAAAUAUGCCACGCGUGCGUACUUACCACGCAACAGUGUAUCGAUGAUCCACUCUGUAGCUUAAAAGAGCUUACCCAACUCGGGAAAUCAUAACAUUCCACAAAUCAGAUUCUACACAAACCUGAUUGCUUUGUUUCUACCUUUCUCCUUCGUAUAUUGUUAAUACUUUCUUCACAGCAUUUCCUUCUCAUUCCCGAAUCCUUUACAUGGACUACCCCGCUCCGCUUUCUCUUACUUUUCUCUUUCCUGAACGCUGCUUUCUAGGCCAAUUCCACCAUCUCCCUCUUUCACUACCUUACUUGCACACGCACUCCCAGUUAAGCUCAACCGGAAAUGAACCGGAAUUCUGG